ACACACACGCAUACUAUACGAGCCCAUUACCACUUUCCUUUAAUCAAGAGUGCAUCACAUACAGCGUACUUGUAAAUAAAUUAAUAGUGCACGAGUUACGUUGCAGCCCACACACUCUUUGCGUGCUAGUGAAAAAGAAUUACGUUCCACUUCUCGUCUUUCCGUAUUAUUAGGUUUUUAUACCUGAACCCCGGUGUGCGUUUUUCCUGUUCUCCUUGAUUAGCGCGACUAUUGUAAUUGUGUGAGGCUGGCUCUCUUCAUCGCCGAAGUUUCGUUUGUUAAUAUACGUAAUUGGUACCAGAGACUGGUUUGGCAGGAUAGCUGGGAGUCUUUGUCGGGUCUGACUGGGAAGUACUAGUUAGUUGUGAAUAGUUCUUGUCCUUGAUUGAAAAUCAUUAUUAUCUUGAGGGGAAUGCCGACCUUGAGCUUGAGAGAACUGCGUUUACGACUAGUGGGAUGUAAUCCUGAAAUCUAGUUAGUUUUUUUUUUUUAGUUUAAAAAAAACAACACAAAUGAAUAUUACACCCUAGAGUGUUUCAAAUGAGCUGCCUUAUAGUGAUGUGUCUCGAAACCAGGGAACAACGAAAGAAAUAAAAAUGUGUUUUUGUAUUUCUGACGAAGAACUGUGUUUCAGCAAAUAUAUACCGUGAGGACUGUCAGUCAGUGCAAGGCUGCUGUACAGACUUACGUCUCCACCCAAAUUAACAAUUCAAGGAUAUUGUAGAUUUUAUUUCGGAAGAGCUCUUUGUUGUUAACUAAUUGUGACCUGUUACGCAUUGACUUUGGACAGUUAUUGCCUGAGAAACAUUGAACAGUUACAGCCGCUGUACUGUUGGUCUACGGCAAAUAAGUGAUUACUGUGUGUUUGUUUAACACAGCAGAAAAGAUGAAUUUAGUUUCUAGUUGGCCUCUAGAAUUCUGUUCAUACUUUUUGACAGGUGGGAAACAAUAAAAUAACGCUGGUACUGAUGACUCGGUUCUACUAUUUCCCCUACCCCGAACCCUAUUUCAUUUUAAAGUGAUAAAUUGUGCUGUGUUGUUUCUUUAACAACACAGGGUGUACUUGUUGCUCAUGCGCUCGCAUUGUCCCCGAGCCAGCGGCGGUGUUUACCUAUCCUUGUUUUCCGACUACAGCGAUGUACUGGUCGAUCACUGUCAGGGACUAGAUCUGUUCUUGACUGUGGCUGUAGUGGAGCAAAUGGCAUCGGCUUAUCGAAGGCUAUCACCGCGUCAACAUAGCGCUUUCGUGUCCACUCGUUCCUUAUAAGGAAGGCGCCUUUCAAGCUUGUGGACAGUUCAGCCUCUAUUAGUGGAUCUGGAAAUGUGAAGUCCUGGCUUCUCCGAUGUGCCGAGUUGUGUGUUCUCGGAUGUACUAAUUAGAACUGAAUGCGAGCGAUCACGAUAAAACAUAGUUGCACCCACUCCUUGUCUCCACAGCUCAGUGACAUUUUUUUUUUCUGACAGUAGGCACAAUCAUCCUCUAAAUUUGUGAAUGUUUUUUCAACAAAUGAAAAGGGCUACUAUGGUUUUUAACGACAUAACAGUCUAUUGCCGUCCUAAUACCGCGAGUGGUAGUCGUGUUUAGGUCACAGGCAGGCCUCAAGACAAUCGAUUAUUUUUAAAGUAUUCUUAAAUCGUGACUUCACUUUAAAUAAUGUUUGUUCAUACGGAGUCCAAACAGACUGUCAGCAUCUUUCAUGAUACCGUUGUUGGUGUACUUCCCUUUUGUGAACUAUUCUGACGUCUUCGUUGGGACGCUUUGUGGUGGGUUGCCCAGAAAGUACUCCUGGUGUUCUGGCUAUGGACAGCUAGUCCCCACACUGACAGAACAAAGUCAGGCACACCAUUGCUGCAGGCAUAGGAUUCCCCGUCUUCCCGUGUUAUGAUCCUAUAGUCAAGUGUUCCGUGAGACCACGAGUUAUCUAAUAAUGUGUGCAAGCCCUACGAUGAUGGCGGACGAAACAAGUGGCGACAGUUUUCCUUUGAGCUGGAUACAGAAGUUCUACAGCCACACGCCCCACUCCUACAUUUCUAUGUGGAGAAAGACACAUACGACGGUUCCGGGGAGAACGAGCGGGCCGAGCAAACGUGAACAGAAGCGACGUCCUAAGCCCAAGGAUGGCACGGUCCUGUUCUGUGGCGUGUGCGGGGACCGGGCGCUGGGAUACAACUUCGACGCCAUCAGCUGCGAGUCCUGUAAGGCAUUCUUCAGGAGGAACGCGCUCAAGACGAAGCCUUUCACCUGCAGCUUCGAGGGCAACUGUAAGCUUGAUCCCCACACACGAAAGUUCUGCUCUGGGUGUAGACUGAAGAAAUGUUUCAACAUUGGUAUGAAAAGGGACUGGAUCCUCAAUGAGGACCAGCUGGUCAAGCGACGGCAGCGCCAACACUUACGCCAGCAGACGAGCUCGCUAGGCGAGGUUUCUCCCCCAAACGUGCAGCCAUGUUCUUCCACCUCGGGGGACCCGCUGAACGAUGACCUUUCUCUGACCUUCACGGGGAUCAGCCCGGACCACGAGAGUCCGUCUGAGCAACGGCUCACGCGCUCACACAGCGGCAGGCACUUACCCGCUCCCCUGCUCCAUCAUCCUCACCACCAUCUUCGCCACCAACAGCAUCAGCAACAACCACAGCAGCAUGGCCAUUGUACAGACUCAAACAGCGAGUUCUCCUCCCCCUCUUCCGCAACCUUGUACUCAGAGCCAAGCUCUUCCACCUCCUCUGUGUCGCCCUCCCCGCUUGGAUUCAAACGUCAGUACAGUCACUCUUUCAGCAGCCCUUCUUCUCCUUCCUCCACCACGCCGUAUCAGUCCCCAAGAAGCGCAUUCUUACCUCAGCACAGCCACGCUCCCCAGAAUUUCUUACCCUCCACCCCAGCAGACAGUCAACGAAAAAUCCCCAAAGUGGAAUAUGUAUCUGAAGAUGAAGACUGCAUGCUCUACAACAAACCACAACGACGGCAGUCCGACUCGGGGCCCCUCUACCAAAUGCCUAUGUCCAACGACGCUCAGACAUCUGCUUCAGUGUGUGAUGUUGUUGUGAAAACUGAAGACUUAUCUAGUGCUGAGGAUCUCCGGGUGCCGCUGAACCCUUACAUUAACGAGCGCCUCAUGUCUCUGAAGAAGACCUAUGACGACAUAUUCGAGGCGGCUUACACACAGGAUCAGGCGCCCAAGUUGCAAAAGAAACCUCACUCAGCAGACCAGCUCUACAACAUGACGGAUGUCUUUAUACGCCGGCUAAUCCGUUUUGCAAAGCACAUACCCGAGUUCAAGAGCCUCUCACAGGCUGACCAGAUACAUCUCUUAAAGGGUGGCGUGAUGGAAAUGUUCGUCCUCCGCUCCGCAAUGGGUUUUGACGCCAAGAGCAACGCAUGGAAGUUCAAAGUGCAGCAAGGUAACAUAGACCAAGGAGAGGGUAAACUUGACUCGGGGGUCAUCAACAACACGCUAGGUUCCUCCAUGUUCAUGCAGCACAUGAUGUUUGUGCGCCAGAUCCAGGAGAUCACUAAAAGCGACCGCAUCAUCCUCAUGCUGUUAUUCAUCAUCCAGCUCAUGUCCCCGGACCGGCCCAACCUCGGAGACAAACGAUCAGUUUCUCAGAGCCAGGAGCGGCACUCGAUGUGGCUGAAGGCAUACCUGGAGUCGCAACACUCGGUAGAGGAAGCUGGACAGCUCUACCCGCUGUUAUUGCUCAAACUUCAGGAUGUCCGCAGCCUUGGGGCAGAAAGCUGUCAGCUGGCUGCUCACUUGGACAUUAACAAUUUGGAACCUCUCCUUGUAGAAGUGUUUGACCUCAAAUGAGAUGCCUUCAGUAUUGACCACAUCGAACAUUAAUCUGCAAGAGCUUCAAAUGAUGCUGUGUGAGCCUCAAAAUGUUAUUUAUAAAAGUGACAACGCCUCUGUUAACAAAUAAUGGAACAGACAUUUGUAGUUUUUUUUACUUUUCCAGGUUAAUCUACUGACUAGCUUAUAUUCCUGGUGAUAUUUACAGAGAGGGUUGGGAUACGGUUUUUCAGGGAGUGCCAAAGGAAUGAAGCUGUAGUUGUUGGGUUUUAUUUUUCUGUUGAAUCUAGUUUUCAGCAUGGAGAAUAAUAUACUUAUUUUCCUACCAUUGAUUGCUGGCUUUUGACAGCAGCAAAAACAAAAACGAGUCACAUCCUCUUGAUGAUGACCGUUACACUGCUCAAAGAUCAUACUGAAAGAUAUUACAGAGUUCAUCUCAGCCUUUCCAUGUUUUCGAAAAGGGGAGACGUAUUUUUUUUUCUUUUUUCCUAGCUUUAGAAAAAGCCACUAUUGCUGCCCAAUGUCUUCACUUUGAGGCUUGUACUACUGGUGUCUUCUCUGUUGUAUGAUAAUUAUUUGGGGAAGAUCUCUAUGAUAAACGCAUCAGCUUCACUUUUUGUUUGAGAUUCUGGAAUGAUAUAUGAGUGCAUUGCUUUACCUAUGGACUGUCCUGUGGCUAUGAAAAAGUUCACACCAGGAACCAGUAUGGUUGAGCUGUGACGUACCUGAAGAGUACUGGAGGAAUCCUCCAAAACUCCCACAGUAUUUUCUCAGUACCUCCCCUCUGCCUUAGCUGCUGCAUUGGAAUAUCUCUAUAGAGUUCAGUACAAAUACUGAGAGUUGUGAGGCAAUGUUAUAUCGCAUGACUGCCUAGUCUGUCUCAAAGCUGCUGAGGUCAUUGCCUAUGCUGAGAAAUAUAUUUACGUCUGGUGUAGUAUUUACCAUUUUCCUCAUUUGAGACUUGUUGUAACUCUUGCUCCUUGCCUGUACAGAAUUUCAUUUGCAGAAUGUCUCACACAAGGCUUUUGACACUGGGAAAUCUUAAGCUACAGAAGUUUCAAUGACUGAUAUUAUUAAUUCUUCUAUUCACAUACUGGUUUAUCUAACUAAAUGUAUGGUUUUGUUGCUGUUAUGAUUCAUGUUUUUCUGGUUUGCUGCAACAAUAGUAAAAUGCCAGGCUCUAAUUUUACUUCAUCCGAGAUAUUAAAUGACACAAUAUAUGACAUGCUCUAAUUUUACUUCAUCCGAGAGGUUAAGUUACGCAAUAUAUAGUAAAAGUUAAUGUGCUUCAGAAGUAAGGGCACUUGUAUGAGUAUUUUGUAUCCCUAAAGAUGGCAUUAAUAGCUGCCAUAUUUUGACUGGGAUCAGUUCAAGUUAGUAGGGUGGAAGGGAACUGAAUGGUGCUAUUGUUGAUAGGAUUCUUGUUCUUCGGAAACACUUUUAGCCAACAAGUGCGAAAACUGUUCAUAGUUGUUGCACUUUAUGUUGUGAUUAGUAAUGUCUCUCCAUUAUGUGCCAGAAAAUCAAGAAAGGUAAAGGGUUAAAAUUAUGAAUGAUAACUAGUAUGCUCUGUUCUCUAAUUUUGAGACUCUGCGCAUGGACUAUUUUCCGGAAUGUCAGAACAUUUUGAAAAUUCAGAGCAGACCAGGAGGAAAUUUUGCUCAGGUGGGAGUCCUGACAACAACAUUAUUUGAUGAAAGGAAGUUUCCUGCUCUUGAUCUAAGCAGAAAUUUGAUUUACAGGUGUCCAUUUUGACUCCUUUACAAGUAGGAGCUAACAUUUGUUUUCUUGCUAAAAUAAAGCAGUUUUUUUUCUUUUCUAAGUGAAGGGCAUUUUAAAAAAAUGAUCCUCAUGCCCUGUUAUGUCGCACUUGAUCUUUUGAAAAUUUUGUUUGGCCAGAAGAUAGACUCUUGGACCUGAUGAACUAAACUAACACUAUGUGAUAGUAUCCUUAUUAUCCUUAUAAUCCUGACAGAGUUUUAAUUGAAAAUAGGGGUUGUGUUGCCUAGAUUUCUAAAGUGAUGUAUAUAUUCUUAGAAGGACAGAGAAAGGAAAUAAAUCAAAAGUAUGUUUUUAUUAAGGAAAGUUAGGGGAAACCGUGCUUUCUCAAUGGUCAAUACUUGGAGCAGAGUAGCAAGUCUGUGAUUGUUGUAUUCUUUCUUUCACCUUAUGAUUUGAAAUGUCUGACCAUCCAGUUCUUACUUUUGUCUAUUGUGUAAUGGUUGGUCGUUUGGCCAUGAGUGCAGAAGAUGCGAGCUCGAUUCCAACGAGGGAAAUUUAAAUUGAUGAAUAUUUCUGUUUCCAACGUUAUUAUUCUGUGAUAUAAUGCACAUAUUGAUUCUGUUGUUGGGAUUGUGAUGGUACAGUCGUUUUGAAAUCAUUUGUUGUGCAUGUUUUUAAGUGAAUACCUCCUCCCAUCUUUUUUCAUUUCUGUCAUACUUGAUUCACAUGGACUAGAGGUUUUUUAAUGGGUUUUUUAAAAAAGUGCUCACUUGAAGCUACUUGAGAUGACAAUUCAAGAAGAGUGUUCCAUUUCUAUUUAUUCUGUUUGCUAUGAAAAAAAUAAUUUUUAUGUGACCUGUCUACCUAUAAAAAUGCCCCUUUGCCUUCAAUAUAUAACCGAGAUCAACAAAACCACAGAAUAUGUCAAACAGCUGACCGAAGUAUUUGAAAGAAGAGAAAAAGUAAGAAAAUGUGAGAAAUGAGAAACUCACUUGAAGUCUGCCAGGGAAAUUAGAAGUUUUAAUUGAUAUUUCAAGACUACUUUUCACAGAGAUGCAAACCCUCAUCUCUGACAUUUAGAAAAAAAUCUGAGCUUUUCAAUAUUUACUUUGUCCUCAGUCAAAUGUCGAAUGUAAAUAAUACCUUGCUGUCAGUUCUUAGGGGAAAGGAUACAAUAGAAAGAAGAUUCAUUUACUUUUUAAGGCUUUUGACGCACUUUAUAUGAAAGAAAACCUAAGACUAAGCGUUCCAUAGGUAUCUAAAAAAGUUUGCAACAAAGUGAAUUGCUUCUCCACCUUGGAAAACAGUAGUGUGAAGCACUUUCUCCAGUUCCUCAUGUUACCCCACUUUUUAUGUUGAACAUCCGUUAUGUUAGAAAAGUCGCUCUUGAAGACAACCUUGGGCUCUGUUGUGUCAGUGAAUUGUCCAUUAACUGCCAAGGGAGACUAAAUGAAGACAUGAAAACCCCUUCUGUGCUGUGAAACGUGGACACUCAAAAUCAUCAAUACUAAGACUGUUUUUGCUUAGCUAAAAAGUUGCUCCCAAGGACUUAAUAGAUUCAUAGAUAUGACAGCACUUCAAACAGAGCCCUUUUUUUCUGUAUAGACAACUAAUCCAGACCAGAUGGGCAAGCAGCUGUGCCGUACCAAAGGCGGGAAAAGAAUGUAGUUUAUCAAGAAUUUUGAAAGCUUGACAUGGGAUCAGACAAGAACACCUGACAUUUUCUGAAAUGCAAUAAAAAUUGAUAUGACCAUUGACAGGAUGAAUGAAUGUAUAAAGGAACAUCUCCGACAAAGUGAAAUUACAUUGACGUAUUUCUAUGUUAAUAAAUCACUGUAAUUCUUUCUAUAGUUCAAUUUUUCUGUCCUUUAUAGUAUUUGAAAAUCUCAUUGAUGUUAAAACAUAUUGUCACAUCUUUUAAACAGAUUGUCAGAUUUCCCAGAAAAAGACUUGAAUGAAGAUAGCUAUCAUUGUCAUCAUAUAGCACAGUGUUACAAAAAACUUCCUGUCCCAAUAUCUUCUGAACUUUUUUCUCCUUGAUAGAAUUGGUAAGGAGUAGUGAUGUCAAGCAGAUGGUUCAGCUGGAUUCAGUUCGAUGAGUAUACAUACGUGCUGAGGGAAGGCCAGUUUUGUUUUUCUUUUCUGAAGAAUAAGUGUGUAGUUUUUAGUGUGUUUACCUAUUAUUUUAGGGACAAUGUAUGUACUUGGAUUAUGUUACACCCGCACAUAAUGUUGUGAGUUGCUCACUGUUACAUACCUGUAUAUAAACAUGUUGUCAUUGUCAGUUUGACAAGUUUGUUGUUAUGAUAUAAUUCAGCUGUGCCAUACAUUGUUUACAAAUUACACACUUCUCAUACACAUUAUAUAUAUAUGUAUGUGUACACACGCAUACAUAUAUUUAUGGUUAUAUAAAGUACAUGUUAGUGUUUAUGAUAUUGAUGUUUAUAUAUAUCUACAGUAUGUUGCAAUUGUGAUUUCGAAGUGGAUUCAUUUUUCUUGUGAUGAGGUUUGCCUUUUCUAUUGACAUCACUGUGGUUUGUGUCCUCUUGAAGGCACUAUCUGACACAUGCGACCUAUUCUGAUGUUAACAACUGAAUUUGUUGUUUUCAUACUCCUGUUACCUGCGGCCAUUUUGAUGUCCUUUUGAUCUCAAGAGCUUGAAGCUCUUAAAUUUUAAUUUUUUUUUUUUUUAAACCUCACCUGCAGUAAGAUGUGAUUGUAUAAGCAUUUGGGCAUUUUUCCGUCUAUUUAGCGUUGUAGCUUGAAAGGCAGGUCACUUCCUCUCUACCUCCAACCGUGACUGUGGCCAGAGAUGUUCAGCAAGGGUUCUGUACACGGGUUGAAAUAGUGGCCUAUUGAUGGCGGGAUAUUCAUCCUCUUGAUUAUAUAUUACUAUUAAUUAUCAAACCUUUGUAGCUAUUUUACUAUUGGUUUGUAAAGUCCACCGCUGAAUUUUAACAUUAGUUUUCAUAAGGAAUAGCUUUGAAUUUGAAUUGAUUUUUUUGGUUCAUGUUUGGAAUGUUUAGAACUUCUGUGAAGAUUAAUUCUAGCCAAAUUCUUCUUUUCUUUUGGAUAUGUAGCCUUUCUUAAAAGUCACUUUGAUAGUGUUGAAUUAUCGUGAAUGGACCUGCUGAAUCAUUUCUCUGGUUUUCCCUCGACAAGCUAUCAUUUCAUCAUUCUGAUCUCUGAAUUACUUGCGGGACAUUUCAUCUUCUUCAUCACUACUCCAUCAAGGGCUCUAGGGGCGAAAGACAUCCGUGUAGUCAGGAGGUCAGGUUUCAAAGGGUUAACAAUUGGUUGGAAAGUCCAUUUUUUUGGGGGGUGUUUCUUCACCAAUUACAUGAGUUUGUUGCCAGUUGUUUUACUUGGCAUACUCUAAUUAUUUCGGAAUUUUGAUAAAAGCUUAAUUGUUUCACCACAUGUAUGUGCUGGGGCUUUUGUCAUUGGUGUUGGUGUAUUUGUAUUAUACUCUUCUUUGAGCUAUUCAAACCUGUUCAUUAUUUAUACCCACCUCAGAGUCUGCUCAUCAAUUUUCAUAGCACAAUCCUCCUACAAUGGCAUUCUACCUGCUCAAGUUUUUCAUUUUGUUCAUUUCUGAUUCACAUUCCUCUAUUUUGUUAUUUGUCUGUACAAGAGUUCUUCCUGUCAAUCAUGCUGAGAAUGUCCCCUUGCAAAGCUCUGCCAGCAAUUCUUGUCUCUUUGUUGACAUUUGCUUUGUCUUUGUACAGGAGUUACUCUCUGAUUAUUGUCUGACCCUACUAGGCUGUGUGUGUGUGUGUGUGUGUGUGUGUGUGUGUGUGUGUGUGUGUGUGUGUGUGUACGUGUGUUUGUUUGUAUGUGCAUGUGUGCUCAUAACUGACGUCUAUAUGUUGUUGCUAAGGUUAAACACCUUACUGGGCACAUUGUAGAUAUUUUGGAAUAUAGAGCACAUGACUUUUUGUCUGGGUAUAAGACAGAGAGGAUAUACUCCAGGAUUUGUGAGAGAAAUUUGAUCCUGACUCAUUUGUUUAUGGAGGAACUGUGAGAAAGAUUGCAGGGCCUGAAGAGGUGAUGAAAUUAAAAAAAACAUUUUUAUACAAUAGAGCUGAUAUAGUGCCACAAUAGGGACAAGGCAGUAAAAUGGGCAAAGGGCCAGUGCACUAAUUCUUUUUAAGGUGUCUUCAGUUUUUUUGGGUUUUUUUGUUCCUGGUGAAUAAUACCAAAAGAAUUAUAUUGGUUGGAAUUUCCGUGUGUGGUGAGGAUUUCCCAUUUGUUGGUGCUCAAAAAAGAUUCAUGAAUUUGUGUUAAAUGAGGCCCUCUGUACGUUGUACCAGCCACUCUGUGGCCCCCUGUUCUCCCACCAUGGUAUAAGUUAACGGCACUUGCAACACAAUAAGGUCAUAUAAGUGCCGAAGAUUAGAGGUGUUACAAGAGAGUAACAAACAGGAAAAAAAA